GAAACUACAUUUCCUAAGAAGCCCUGCGUUCUCCAGGGAUUUGAAGGAAUAUGGAUUGCGCUUGCGUGGCCAGACGUGGCAGCGGCAUCAUGGCUUCUUGGAACCGAUACGGGAGACGUAGGAGACUGGUCGAAAUGUUCUUAUUCUUGUCAUUGGUCGCAGUGUCAUCCGCCCUGCAGGCAGCGAAGGUGUCUCCACUCAUAGAGAAAGUCAAUGACCACAAGGAUUUCAAGAAACUUCUGAGGACCAGAACUAAUGUUCUUGUUUUAUACACCAAGUCAGCUUCGUCUGGAGAUUCUCAUCUAAAGCUGCUGUCUGAUGUGGCUCAGGCCGUGAAAGGUCAGGGUACCAUCGCCUGGGUGAAUUGUGGGGAUUCAGAAGGCCGCAAACUCUGCAAAAAAGUCAAGGUAGAUCCCAGCUCAAAAACCAAAGGAGUCGAGGUCCUGCAUUACAAGGAUGGGACCUUCCACACGGAAUACAACAGACCAUCCACAUUUAAGUCCAUGGUGGCUUUCCUGAAAGACCCUGCAGGUGCCCCCCUGUGGGAGGAGAACCCUGAGGCUAAAGAUGUUGUUCACAUAGAGUCAGAGAAGGAUUUCCGGAAACUGCUGAAAAAAGAGGAGCGGCCCACCCUCAUGAUGUUUUACGCCCCAUGGUGUGGUGUAUGUAAAAGGAUGCAGCCCAUUUUCCAGCAAACAGCCACUGAGACAAAAGGAAAAUAUGUGUUGGCUGGGAUGAACGUGCACCCGGCGGAGUUUGACGGGCUCAAACAGGAGUUCAGCGUCAAGGGCUACCCAACCUUCUGCUACUUUGAGAAGGGGAAAUUCUUGCAUCACUAUGAGAAUUAUGGAGCCACCUCCAAAGACAUCGCUGAUUGGUUGAAAAACCCUCAGCCUCCACAGCCUAAAACUCCAGAGGUGCCCUGGUCAGAGUCCAGCUCAGCGGUCUUCCAUCUGACCGAUGAUUCUUUUGACACGUUCCUGCAGGAGCAUCCUUCAGCCUUGGUCAUGUUCUACGCUCCCUGGUGUGGCCACUGUAAGAAGAUGAAGCCAGAGUAUGAUGAAGCUGCUGAGAUCCUCAACAAAGACCCAGAUAGCCCAGGUGCUUUGGCAGCAGUGGAUGCCACCAUUCACAAGUCCAUCGGAGAGCGGUUUAAAAUCUCAGGCUUCCCCACAGUGAAGUACUUUGAAAAGGGCGAGGAGAAGUACACGCUUCCUCAACUUCGGAGCAAAGACAAGAUCAUCGAGUGGCUGCAGAAUCCCCAGGCCCCACCUCCUCCAGAGAAGUCGUGGGAGGAGAUGCCGUCCAGCGUGAGCCACCUGGGAGCCGAGGAUUUCAGGGAAUCUCUGAAAAAGAAGAAACACGCCUUGGUCAUGUUCUAUGCUCCAUGGUGUCCACACUGCAAGAAUGCCGUCCCUCAUUUCACCACAGCGGCCGAGCUGUUCAAAGAGGACCGCAAGAUUGCAUAUGCUGCGGUGGACUGCACAAAGGGACAAAACCAUGAGUUGUGUAAACAGGAAGGAGUUGAGGGCUACCCAACAUUCAACUAUUACAACUAUGGGAAGUUCAGCGAGAAAUACAAUGGGGAAAGAGGGGAAGCUGGCUUUACUGGUUUCAUGAGAAGUCUCAGGGGCCGGGACCAAGAGAAAGUGGGCAAGCGGAAGGAGGAGCUCUAAUAGUGUGGGCGUGGUUCCUGUAGAUGGGAGGAGCCUAUCAUUGCACUGUGACUUGGGCAGGGACAUCCCAGCACUGACGCCACAGACUUGAAACCUCAGCUUAAAAGGCUAUUUUUUUAUACAGCUGUGCCCUUAUGUUUAUAAUACCAAUGUAUGACCAUCAGACCACUUCAGAUAAUUUUGCUUUGUUUUGUUUCGUUUUUUUUAUGUCCUCUGACAUUUUGUGAAAUUGUUUCCAAAUACUGUGACUUACGUUACUGAAAUCCACACCUGAAAUCUAUGCAACACUGGGCCCUCACUCGCCAGAGUCCCGUACGUGUGACGGGUGGCUGGUGUUUAUUGGGGAAAACCAGUUUUCGACAGGAUACUUUGCCAUCACUCCCAUUCCAGCUAGGAGGAAUAAUGUGUACAAUCGUAUCUGCAAAUAUUUUUGUAAAAAAGGAAAAAGGAAAAAAAUGCCGUAUGACAUCAUCAAAAAAAAUAUGGAGAAAGUUGUUGUAGCUGAACUUUGUGGCCUUAAAUGUUUGAAUAACUGUCGUCCAAAUAUUUUACUAUUUUCGAGAAAUACAGUACUAGGGCCAAAAUACAAGGACAUGUAUUGAAGUAUUUUUUCCCCUCGUUUUAUUGUCAGCUGUGACAGAAUAAAAUGAUGUAACAAAACUGGAAAUGCCAAACAAAGAAAA